AUUUAGAAGGACCUUGUAGGGAUCGCGUACUGCGCACACUGCCCUGUGGCUGUCACUAUAAAUCCUCAUUUGCUAAAUGCCUGGAUGCUUUUCGAGGGCUUCGUGCAGCGCUUCACGGACUGCCAGCAGCUCGACCGCCUUCCUUGCGGCCCUGUGUCUCACUAUUGCCGUCGUUUCGGGCGGUUAUCUUGGCCUGGGAUAUGGAGGUCUCGGCUACGGUGGCCUCGGCUACGGUGGCCUCGGCUACGGUGGCCUCGGCUACGGCUAUGGUCUAGGAUAUGGAGGCUACGGAAUCGGAUACGGAGGCUAUGGAUUGGGCUACGGCGGCCUUGGCUACGGCGGACUCGGAUACGGCCUUGGAUAUGGCGGCGGUGGAUACAAGAAACUUAUUGGAUUUGGCUAUGGAGGAUACUAUGGAUAAAAGUCACCUGCCUGCAUCCAUUAACCUCGUAUGAUCACAAUAAAUUGAAUUUUAACUAAACA